CGGGGCGCCGCGCCGCAGGCCGGUGUGACUGCAGGUCUGAGUGUGCCUGUGGCUGCGGCUGCGCGCUGCGCCUGGGUACAGUCUAAGUGUUGGAGGAUAGUCAGGGUGGAGGAUGGCGACUCUACAUCUCUUGAAACUCCUAUCAGUGGAGAAGGCCAAGACAAAUCUGCAUAACAGCUUUACCACUGUUUACUGUAGUGUUCCCAGUAACCUCCCAUAACUGAUCCCAUCUUAACAACAGAUUUAUUUUUCUUCUGCUGAGGAAGAUUGUCCAUGAGCUAACAUCUGCGCCAGUCUUCCUCUGUUUUGUACGUGGGAUGCAGCCACAGCGUGACUUGAGAGCAGUGCUAGGUCAUACCCAGGAUCCCAAUGCGUGAACCCCCGGGAGCUGAAGCAGAGCGCCUGACCUUAACCACUAUGGGACUGGGUGGCCCCGAUGAACAACAGAAUGUUAAAGCUAUUUUUCAGGUGCAGCGAGCAUGCGCAGAAGAGAAAAUUUUGACCUGCCAAUCAAACUCAUCCUGCCCCUCCUUGCAUACCAGCAGGCCCUCCCUAAUCCCUUAAACUCUACCCCAGCCUGGGAGAGAGAGAGACAUUUGAGAGCUUGGCCUCCUGUCUCCUUGCUGGUCCACCAUGUUUAAAGCCUUUUGUUUCUCAAAAGCAGGUGUGCCACUGUGUCAGCUUCUGUGCCCAUCAGGUGGCGAAGCCUUGCUUAGUAACAGUUUUAAGGGUUGGAACUUCAACCUGGGGAUCAUUGGGAACAUUUGAAGAUUUUGUUUUUAAAGGAGGUUCUAGUAGCAGUGUAAAAAUUGACCUGGAGAGGCAAGACUGGUGGCCAGGAGGCCCAUUAGGAGGCUGCUAUAAUCUAGGUUUCUGGCCUGAGUAGCUGAGUAGAAUGUGGUCCCAAGCACUGAGAUAAUGAACACAGGAGGACCUCAUCAGAGCUCAAGACCUGGCUCCAACUUCGUUGUGAUCGGGAGCAGGUUUACUUUAACCAGAAAGCGUGGCAGACUCUCACGGUUGAUGUAAAAACAGCCCAGCCUGAUCAGAGAAAGUGGUUUGGGGUCAUUUCCCUGCAGAUGUGACUUUGAAAAACACCGGAAGUGCUGGGCUUCCUCCCUGGCACCCACUCUGCGUCUCCGGUGUGGGGCUGAGCACAGGAGGGCUGACUCCUCAGUCCACGACACCUGACUCUCCGCCACUGUGAUGGGCUUGGCCCUGUUGCUUGCUGAGGACAAGAGAACGUGGGCAAAGGUGGCAUCGUGCAAAUUCCAAGUCUAGACCUCUGGAGGCAUCGUGUAUUUCUGUUCACCCCUCUGGAAGUUUCCACCUUCCACCACAUUAGAAGAGCAUGGCCUAGGGAGCCGCAGCCCCUCCAGCCUGGCCCCACAAAGAGGCCCAGGGAGCAGAGCCCUCCCAGCUGACCUGCAGACCUGUGAGCAUAAGGACAAAUGCAUAUGGCUGUACACAUUGAGUUUGGGGGUUGCUUGUUACACAGAAACAGCUCACUGAUCUAAAUGGAAAAGAGGCCCAUAAGGGAAAGGUAAGAGUGACAGAAAUAUAACAUCCGAGGAGGGUUAUUGUUCUUAGGGAUAAGACGAGUCUUUAAGAAGAUAUGCAGUGAUUCUUCUGUGGAAUAAUGUUAUAUCCACUGAUUCCCAAGACAGACCAAGGAGGAAGGCAGUGACGGUUUUAUCCCCAUUUUAUAGAUGCAGAUAUUAAGGCUGAAAGUGGUUGAAGGUGCACAGAUGAGCCCGGUCUGGGCCCUAAAUCCCUGACUCCGGGCCAGGCUCUUCCCGGGGCUGUGCUGCCUCUCAUGCGGGCCCAACUCUGAGCACAGCCAACACGGCAACAGCUCGGCACUUUGGACAAGUGGGGCCACGGUUGGGACCUUCCCUCUGGCGGCUCAGGGAGGGACGGCAGGGACCGUGGCUGGGAGCUCCCCAGAGCAGAAGGGGCAGUGUUUGAUCAAGAGGGCGGAGGUGCCAACAGAGAGGUGUCUGUGUUCUCUGUGCUGAGAACUGGAGGGGCUGGUCACCUGCGGUGUGAGCCACAGCUGUGCCACCUGUGGGAGGCAUCCUGUGUCCGGCCAAAAGCUGGACCAGUGGCUUCCCUCUAGGUUGCUCCCAUUGAAAGGUCUGGCAAGCAUGUGUCCAGGAAAGAAACCCCUGGAAGAAAGGAGUCCAGGCACCUGCGUUGAAUAUGCCGAUGGUCUUGCCUUGAUGGUUGGGCUCUGGAUUUUGACAUAUUUGAAGCUGUACCAGCCUCAGGGAUUGAAAACAGGCGAAUCAGCGAUCAAGCCUUUGCCAAAGGCUCCGCAUGGUGGGGCUCCUGGCAGCUUGAGGGCCAGGCCAUAUGACCCCAUCUUGCAACCUCCAUAUCAAGGGACACACGAGCUGAUUAGCAUUCGUGCCAACAGCCGGGCUGUCUGUCAGCGUGUUUUCAUUACUUCAGGGCAUUCUGCUCUUGCUGAUUUUACCUCCUGAACUGCUUUGAAUCUCCUCUGCAUCCUCUUGCUUCACCGCCAGUUGGCCAGAUCUGUAGCACUUUCCUUUGACCUUGGCCCCUCCUGACUACUGCCCUCAGGCCACUCCCUGACCUCCAGUCCUCCACAGCUCUGAACCCCGCUUCACACUGCAAGACCCUCCAUCCAGGGAGGGACGUGGCCCUCCCACUCACGGGGCUCUCCUUGAAGACCACAGCCCCCUCCCAAAUGGGACAGAGCCCCCCUGGAUGGGGUGGUGGGCUGAACACCCAUGUCCUAACCCCCAGAACCACGAAUGUGAACUUAUAUGGCAAAAGUGGACAGUGCAGGUGUGAUUGAGGAUCUUGAGAUGGGGAGAGGACCUUAAAUUCAAUCACCUGUAUCUUUAUAAGAGGGCGGUAGAGGGAGCAUUGACACGGAAAAGGCAACAUGACGAUGGAGGCAGAGACUGGAGUGAUGCGGACACAAGUCAAGGAACACCAGGAGCCUCCAGAAGCUGAAGCAGCAGGAAGGACCCUCCCCUGGAGUCUCCGGAGGGAGCGCGGCCCUGUGACACCAUGAUCUCAGCUCAGUGAAAUACAUUUCAGCCUCUGGCCUCUAAAACUGUUAGAGAAUAAAUCUCUGUCAUUUUAAGUCACCAAGUGUGUGGUGACUUGUUACAGCAGCCUCAGGAAACGAAUACAAAUGGGAAAGUCAAGGAUUCCAAAACAAAUGACUGGACCCAAGGCCUGACACGGAUCAGGUCAGGCGCAGAUAUUAUCAGGUGCUCUUUCUACAGUAGUGAGAACCUGUGUCUGUUGACAUGAACACAUGCCAGCCACUCCCAUGUGGGAAUGCAGUGACAUUGUUCCACGUCCUCCAGGUGAUGCCCUGGGAAAGGUCACAACUGCCUGAACCUUUAAAGCUGCAGGCGGGACAGGCAUUCUGUGUGCAGGGAUCUGGAGCAAAGCAGCUCUGCGUGGGCCUCCGCCACGUUCUUAAUAGAAUCCUCUUCAUAGAUUGCUUUUUCUUCUUAAAGCAGCACAAAGAGAAAACUGCUAUCAGAGAAUAUCAAUUCCUGAUUCUUGGCAGAACUCCUGUUAUCUGUGGAAGUCACACUUCAGGUGAGUGUGUCUGGUGACCGAAGGGCUGUGUGAUGUGUGGCCUGUGGAGAGCAGGCACAAGGCCCAGAGAACCCACAGGGUCCCUCUGGGUGACUAGCCAUGCUGGGAAGAGCCUGGCCAGUCCUGGCUGGGUGGGUGCCUGGAGCAGCGGGACAGUGACAGUGAGCUGGUGUCCCACUAACAGCGCACCAGGGGCCUCUACAGGCUGGCGACCCUCCCAGGGACUCGUCUGGCAGGUGCAGGAGUGAGAAGCCCUCAGGGUCCUUGGUGCCAGUGUCUGGCUCUCGGGACAAUGGUGAGAGGGCUGAGGCUCGCCCUGGCCUGCUCAGCACAGCCCACGAUGAGAGGAUUUACUCGGCCUGGGGUCCACCAGCUCUGCCCAGCUGGACAGUGGGGGAGGAGAGAGCACUGUCUCCGCUACCUCCAGACCCACACGCGAACAUCAUUCCUGCUCCAGAAUGAGGGGUGCCAGGCUUACGGGGGCGCUGCUCGCCCUGGCCGGCCUGCUGCAGGUGGCCCUGUCCCUGAGAAUAGCAGCCUUCAACAUCCGGACUUUCGGGGAAACCAAGAUGUCCAAUGACACCCUCUCCAACUACAUCGUGCAGAUCCUGAAUCGCUAUGACAUUGCCCUCAUCCAGGAGGUCAGAGACAGCCACCUGACAGCUGUGGGGAAGCUGCUGGACAGACUCAAUCAGGAUGACCCGAACACCUAUCACUUUGUGGUCAGUGAGCCGCUGGGACGCAACAGCUACAAGGAGCGCUACCUCUUCGUGUUCAGACCUGACCAGGUGUCCCUGCUGGACAGCUACCAGUAUAACGAUGGCUGCGAGCCCUGCGGGAAUGACACCUUCAGCCGAGAGCCGGCCAUUGUCAAAUUCUCCUCCCCGUUCACCAAGGUCAAGGAGUUUGCCAUUGUUCCCCUGCACGCGGCCCCGUCGGAUGCACUGGCUGAGAUAGACUCUCUCUACGAUGUCUACCUGGAUGCCCAGCAGAAAUGGGACAUGGAGGACAUCAUGUUGAUGGGCGAUUUCAAUGCUGGCUGCAGCUAUGUGACCUCUUCGCAAUGGCCAUCCAUCCGCCUGCGCAGAAACCCAGCCUUCUGGUGGCUGAUUCCUGACACUGCCGACACCACAGUGAAAUCCACACAUUGCGCCUAUGACAGGAUUGUGGUCGCCGGAACUCUGCUCCAAGAGGCCGUUGUUCCCGACUCGGCCGUUCCCUUUGACUUCCAAGCUGCAUACGGCCUGAAUGACCAGACUGCCGAAGCCAUCAGCGACCACUACCCAGUGGAGGUGACGCUAAUGUGAGCAGGGUCCCUGGCUGGAGGCCUCUGCAGCUCGCCUGUCGCUGCUCCUGGGGACCUGCACCAGAACUGAGAGAGAUGGUUGAUCCUGCUGUCACAUUCAAGCGCUGGGGACAGAGUUUAGGAAACCAGUGCCGAGUUCCCUGAGCACAGUGCAGCACCAUCUCCCUA